GUUAUUCCGUGAUCUUUUACCAAUAUUGUGUGCAGCGACGGCUGAUCGACGUCAAGGGAAGAAGAAGAACUGGCAGAAUCAGAGAAAAUAAACAAUAUUAUAUAUACGUGUAUAUAUGUAUAUACCUAGCUCAACACGUGUGUGGGUGUGUGUGUAUGUGUUACUGUGUGGCUUAAGACCGGAAGUUGGAUUUAACGGAAGUUAACUAAUAGUAAAAGAAGAUCAUUUUAAAGAUCGCUGGUUCCCAAAUUGUUCGCGUGUGCCAGCCAGCAGAACUACCAUAUUAUUUCGGUUGAAAAAAAUCGAAAAUAAACGAAAAAAGUCGAAAAAGCGUGCCUGCCAAUUUGAGUUAACUUGGCUGAGACUGCUGCACUUUGUUGUUUUGCGUUUUUGGCCAGACGUCAAAUUCGAUUUUUAUGACUUUUGAAAGCGUGACUAAGACGUGAUUUAUGAUGGCGUGUGGUUUUUAAUAUUCAUGUGGACGCGCUCCGAACCUCUCAACCUGCGUAGGUGCGCCAAACAAUAAAAAACACAAAAAAAUCACCACGGCAACAUCGCAGCCCCGAGGCUUUAUCCCGAUAUCCAGCUGAGUGUGUGCGUGGAUUCGACUUUUUUAUGGAGGCAGUUAAGCAUUUGAGUGCCGCUGCUGCUGCAGCAGCUGCAGCUGCAACUUGCAGCGAUUUGCCGGCCAAGGCAGCAGCCUCGCCGGCAGCCACCAGCGAUAUUGCCGAGUCGCUUGGCGAUCUCAAGGCGGGCGCAACAACAGCAGCAGCUUCAGCCAGCAGCGCAGCAACAUCGAAGCACCACAGCAACAGCAACAGCAGCCACAAGCCAAGUGUUGCAGCAACACCCACAGCAGCGCACAAGAAAAGCGAGAGUUGCAACGGCAACGGUAACGUUAGCAAGUGCAACGCUGCAACAUCGCCGAUCGGCAGUAAGACCAGCAACGCAGCCAUGGCAGCUGCAACAGCAACGGCUGCUGCAGCAACCAACGAUCUUGCAGCGGCUGCUGCGGUCGUUCUUUCGCUGCAAGGAACCAUGGUCAGCAGUCUGCAGCAGGCCGCCUUGCUGCCGGCUAAUUCGGCGGCAGCAGCAGCCCUGAAUCUCCAGGCACUGGAAUCCUAUUUGGCGCUGCAGCGAUUGACCGGGAAAUCGGAUGUGUUCCGCUUUUCCAACAGCAACAACAGCAGCAGCAACAGCAACAACGCCACCACCUGCAACAGCAGCAGCAGCGAAGCGGAGAACAACGCCUUGCCCUCGCUAAUCGAUAUAGCCAAUAUAGAGCUCAAGUCGAGCUGCUCCUCCAGCUCCUCGGGAGAACCGCCCUUGACGGCAGCAACAGCAUCAGCUGCUGCCACAUCCUCGCCCAGCAGCAGCAGCAGCGCCUCCACCAGCACACCGGCCACCUCCAAGUGUCUGCCUCUGCCCUCGAUUGGCACCGUUAGUGCUGCUGCUGCAGUGGCGGCUGCUGCGGCUGCUGCAGCAGCUGCUGCCAACCAACAGGCGGCACUGGACUGCGCCACAGCCGCCGAACUGGCAGCGGAAUGCGACUUACCCUUGCUCGAUGGCGAGGAUGCCCUGUCCUUCGAGGCGGGCGACCUGGACAGCAGCUAUGGCAGCUUCAUGUUCAAUGCCUCGGCCUUUGGCCAGGCGGAAACGGACUCGGCUCUGCACUCGCUGCAGGCCACCAUGUACCAGGACAAGAUGAGUGUCAUUUCGGGUGCGGCCGGCUGCGGUGUGGGUGCAGGUGCGGUGGGUGGGCUGGAGGAGGCGGGCAGCUCGGCGGCAGCAGCGGCUGCCCAGCGGUCCAAGAAGCAGUUUAUCUGCAAGUUCUGCAACCGGCAGUUCACCAAGUCCUACAAUCUGCUCAUCCACGAAAGAACGCACACGGACGAGAGGCCCUACUCCUGCGACAUCUGCGGCAAGGCCUUCAGGAGGCAGGAUCAUCUGAGGGAUCAUAGAUACAUCCACUCCAAGGAGAAGCCCUUCAAGUGCGCAGAGUGCGGCAAGGGAUUCUGCCAGUCGCGCACGCUGGCUGUCCACAAGAUCCUGCACAUGGAGGAGUCACCGCACAAGUGUCCGGUGUGCAACCGCUCCUUCAACCAGCGUUCCAAUCUGAAGACCCACCUGCUCACCCACACCGACAUCAAGCCGUACAACUGCGCCUCCUGCGGCAAAGUCUUCCGGCGGAACUGCGACUUGCGGCGCCACAGCCUUACGCAUAACCUGGCCGCCGGCGUGGGCGGUGUGGUGGGUGGCAACCUAAGUGAUCUGUUUGGCUCCGGCUCCAGUUCCAGCUCGGAAUUGGGCUUGCCCACGGGCUCCUCCAGUACUGCCGCAUCCUCCAGAGAUUUGGUGGCCGUCAGCGAUUGAUCUUCCUCAGCUGAUUGCUCACUCUUUGAUACCCAUACCCACUCAAUAAAUGAAAAUCUCAAUUGCAGCUCUCAUGAAUACGAAUCCCUCCAUUUCGUAAUCGUAAUCUUAGUACGACUAAACAGCAUUUAGUUUAGUAUAAGUUUAGUCUUAGUUAAUUCGGUUUAAGCCUUGGAUAUUUGUGACGUAAGCUUAGCAGGAAAGUUUGACUUUGCGUAAAUUAACUAUAGAUAUUAAGUUAAAUUGUGGACUCUUAAUUUACGAUCGAAUAAAAGACAAUAGCUUAAAGGAAA